AUUACAUGUCCUACUAUGGUGAUGCGGUACUUUAUGAAUAUUAAUUAGGUCGCGAUGACGUUCCUUGCCAAUCUCCUCGACGCAUCCAGUCACACAUCCUAAUUUAUAUUCACGAAACAGUAGUUAAUUCAUAAAUCCGCAGUAGGAAUCGUUCAUUGGUCAUCUCAACAGCGCCCACUCUGACAGAGUCUGCCUUUCAGCCAAUCUGUGGAAAAGUUGGGUACCGUAUUAAUAUUCACAAGCCAGGCCUUCGCCAUAGUAACUUAGGCUCACGAAAUUAGCGAAGGGGGAAGCACACAAAAAACGCUGACUUCCUGUAUUUUCUUAUAACGAAUGAAUAUAUUACGCAGAGCAUAAGCGAGAGGGAAUACAAUAUCUGAAAUCGGUAUCGCUGUGGGUGCCACUGCUGUAAAUGCGGAUUGUUUACAGCAGCCCUCGCAUCCUUUCCUCCCUCCCCUUUUCCUCUUUCCCGGAGCGCCGGAGCGCUGGUGGUGAGGCAGCGGCUACAGCAGAUCCCGCUGACCGAAGAUAGCGCCUGCAGAGCCGGCCACGGCCGUCACAUCACCCCGGGCCCCUGGAGGGUGCGAUCCAGAGCAAAGCAGGAAGCAAGCUUUUGAUGCCACAUCAUUGUGCAGCAUCAUCCUUCCGUGAAAGAAAGCGCACAGCCACUUCUGGAUUUUAUUAAUCUUCACCUCCAGGUCUUUUCAGGAGUUUGGAUGUGCAGUUUCACAUGAUAUGGCUGUUCUAAAACUAGUCGACCAGCCACCCCUCGUCCAAGCCAUCUUUAACGGAGACCCCGAUGAGAUUCGUGUGCUCAUAUGUAAAUCAGAAGAUGUCAAUGCACUGGAUGCUGAGAAGCGAGCACCCCUUCAUGCAGCAGCCUUCCUCGGAGAUGCUGAGAUCACAGAGCUCCUCAUUGUGUCAGGGGCACGGGUCAAUGCCAAAGACAACAUGUGGUUGACUCCACUCCACAGGGCAGUGGCAUCACGUAGUGAGGAGGCCGUUCGCGUGUUGAUCCGUCAUUCUGCUGAUGUUAACGCACGGGAUAAGAACUGGCAGACGCCACUGCAUGUCGCUGCCGCCAACAAGGCCCUGCGCUGCGCUGAGGUGAUCAUCCCGCUACUGAGCAGCGUUAACGUUUCAGAUCGCGGAGGACGCACCGCCCUGCACCAUGCCGCCCUUAAUGGGCACACAGAGAUGGUUAGCCUUCUCCUGGCCAAGGGUGCCAACAUCAAUGCCUUUGACAAGAAAGACUGUCGUGCACUGCACUGGGCAGCAUAUAUGGGUCACUUAGAUGUAGUAUGUUUACUGGUGAGUCAAGGGGCUGAGAUCAGCUGCAAGGACAAGAGAGGAUACACUCCUCUACACGCUGCUGCUUCCAACGGUCAGAUCGCUGUAGUGAAACACCUGCUCAGCCUGGCUGUAGAGAUAGAUGAAGCCAAUGCCUUUGGGAACACAGCGCUGCAUGUGGCCUGUUUUAAUGGACAAGAUGCAGUGGUCAGCGAGCUGAUCGACUACGGUGCUAAUGUCAGUCAGCCGAAUAACAAGGGCUUCACACCUCUGCACUUUGCUGCUGCGUCCACUCAUGGUGCCCUGUGUCUGGAGUUUCUGGUUAACAGCGGAGCUGACGUCAACGUCCAGAGUCGUGAUGGGAAAAGCCCUCUUCACCUGACGGCAGUUCAUGGACGAUUCACACGCUCCCAGACGCUUAUCCAAAACGGUGGAGAGAUCGACUGUGUCGAUAAGGAUGGAAAUACUCCGCUGCAUGUCGCUGCUCGAUACGGCCAUGAACUUUUAAUAAACACUCUAAUUACAAGUGGAGCUGACUGCACCAGAAGAGGAGUUCAUGGCAUGUUUCCUUUGCAUCUGGCCGCUCUGAAUGCUCAUGCCGACUGCUGCCGGAAGCUUCUCUCCUCAGGACGGAGGUAUAGCAUAAUGUGCCCUCUCAGUAAUGACUCGGUCCUGUCUGCAGGCUUUCAAAUCGAUACGCCAGACAACCUGGGGAGGACAUGUCUGCAUGCCGCGGCUGCAGGCGGUAAUGUGGAAUGUGUGAAGCUGUUGCUCAGCAGUGGAGCCGAUCAUAACCGCAGGGACAAACAUGGAAGGACCCCUCUCCACUAUGCGGCAGCUAGUCGACACUUUCAGUGCCUGGAAACUUUGGUGUCCUGCGGUACCUGCAUUAAUGCCACUGACCAGUGGGGGCGCUCUGCUGUGCACUACGCUGCUGCUUCUGACCUUGACAGGAGGCGGCGUGUGGUCCUGGAACCAGAGAGUGACGGAGUUCAAGCUGAAAGGGAGAAGGAGGCAGCUCUGUGUCUUGAGUUCCUGUUGCAGCACGGUGCUGCCCCGUCACUUAAAGAUAAACAAGGCUACAGUGCCGUUCAUUAUGCUGCAGCGUACGGCCACAGACAUUGUUUGAAACUGCUUUUGGACAGAGAUGAGAACCAUCAAGAUGAGAUGGAGAACGAUCAAACCAGAAGCCCGUUGCAUCUCGCCGCGUACCAUGGUCACGCACAGGCUCUAGAAGUGCUCUUGGAGGGUCACUGUGAGGUGGAUCAGGGAGAUGAGGUGGGUCGGACUCCGCUGGCGCUUGCUGCCCUCAGGGGCCACACUGACUGUGCUCUCACACUUCUGAACCACGGAGCCUCACCGAGAAGCAAAGAUACUGUCCGAGGACGUACACCUAUCCACCUUGCAGUAAUGAAUGGUCAUACAUCGUGUGUGCGCCUCCUGCUGGAAGACUCUGAUAAUGCAGAUUUGGUAGACACAGCGGACUCUCAGGGACAAACCCCUCUAAUGCUGGCAGUAAUGGGGGGUCAUGUGGAUGCUGUGUCUCUUCUGUUGGAGCGUGAGGCAAGUGUGGACUUGGCUGAUCAUCAUGGUCUGACUGCUCUGCACCUGGGGCUCUUGUGUGGACAGGAGGAAUGUGUUCAGUCCCUGUUGGAGCUGGAGGCAUCCGUGCUGCAGGGGGACUCCAGGGGUCGGACGGCCAUUCACCUGGCUGCGGCGAGGGGUCACGCGUCCUGGUUGAGCGAAUUGCUCAAUAUUGCGUGUUCCGAACCCCCGAUACCCGCACUGCGAGACAACCAGGGAUACACUCCCUUACACUGGGCUUGUUACUAUGGUCACGAGGGUUGUGUGGAGGUCCUACUGGAACAAAGAGACUUUCGUCACUUUGAUGGGAACCCCUUCACCCCACUGCAUUGUGCUGUGGUCAAUGAUCAUGAGACCUGUGCCAACCUUUUAUUAGAAGCCAUGGGAUCAAAGAUUGUAACCUGCAAAGACUCCAAGGACAGGACACCUCUCCAUGCAGCUGCAUUCACUGGCCAUGUUGACUGUGUUCAGCUACUCCUGUCCCAUAAUGCAUCUGUGGAUGAGGUUGACCUAUCAGGGCGCAGUGCUUUGAUUAUGGCAGCAGAGAAAGGAAAAGUCGAGGUUGUAGAAGCUCUACUUACUAGUGCCAAUGUGAACCUUAGUCUGACUGACCAGAAGGGCAAUACAGCACUGCAUCUAGCCUGCAGUAAUGGAAUGGAGGAAUGUGCAUUGCUUAUUCUUGGAAAACUUCCAGACUCUGCCGUCGUCGCUACAAACGCUGCACUGCAAACACCUCUCCAUUUGGCUGCUCGCAGCGGGAUGAAGCAGACAGUGCAAGAGCUGCUCUCUCGUGGGGCCAGUGUUCAAGUACUAGAUGAGAAUGGUCUCACCCCUGCUCUGGCUUGCGCUCCCAGCAGGGAAGUGGCUGACUGCCUGGCUCUCAUUCUGGCUACCAUGAUGCCUUUCUCCUCCCCUUGCAGCUCUGGAGCCCCUUCCCCAGGCGCCCUGCUGAAAUCUCUGCCCCGCCAGGCCAAGAGUCCCCGAAGUCCAAGGGACCCCUCCAGCGAGGGCACGACCACAGAAAACGACUCGGACUCAGAGACAUUUUGACCCCGGCUUUCUUUAGAGGUGCCGGUCAUAGUUUUCAAAGCACAUAUUGUCAUAAAACUUACAGAAGUUGUACAGAUUUUUGAUUAUGGAGCACAGCCUCUAUAACAAGAGAUUAUGACAUAUAGCACACUUGGUACGCUUUUGUUCUGCCACACUUGUUUGCACAGGAGAUUUUUUCGAAAGCCAUUUUAAUCACUUUAACACAGGUUGAUUGAUGAUAGAUUGCCAAAUGUUGACUGACUUAAGUUCUCACACUUGAAGGAUGAUGUGCAGUGUGGUGUGUCUUUUGAAAGCAAAAAACCUGUGGAAAUCGCCCUCAUUUCACCCAUGCUGUCACUGUUAGACCAAUCAGGAAACAAGAAAUCACAUUGUUCGACCAAAAGGGGAAUUGGCGUUACUGUUACCAACCCCAGUAUUUAUUUUAGUAAGUAAAGGCUGGAGUACACUACACAACUUUCUCCCAGACUUACAUUCUGGACAAGUGAACAUAGUUGCCAAAAGCUAGAGCUGUACUUUUGAUAUGAGUUGACAGAUUUUACGUAUUGUUGUGCAUCCUCUAGCAGCAACUCAAACAUUUGUUGUGUUCGUAACGACUUGAAAGUCUAAUAGUGUGUGAUCCUCAGUCGUUUAAUGUACUGUAUGAUGCCCAGUUUUGCUCUGUAAGCAUUAGCAAGUGUAUGAUGUCUGUUCAGAUUUGAAAAGUUGUGUAUUGUAUUUCAGCCUUAAGACAAGUUAGACUGAAAGUCCAUGAAACCCAGUGUAAUGUGAUAAAAAAUUCAAUGCAAGUUCUACAUUUCCCAAUCGUAUAUCCGUUGUACUUUACACCUUGUAUUUGACAUGUUUCGAAUAGAAGGCACUUGGAGAUUUAUAUUGUGAAAACAAGCAUUUUUAUUCCUUUGAGAUAAGUAGAUUUCUAGGCCUUGAUGGUCUAAACUUACAUCUGACGCUUUUGGAGAGUGAUGCUUUCACUCGAUUCCUUCUCAGACAGAGACAGUGUUCAAAUAAUACUUCUAUUCAGGUUGAAUUUAGAUUGUAGUGACAGGGCAUGGCAUGUUAUGUUAUGUGAACCAGGAUGUUCUCAAGCCGAUAUUUAUUAACAUUUAGUUAACAAUGGUACUACAAUUGUAUGCACUUAUGUAUGGGAAUAAAUGGGUGUUUAAAGCAAUAGCUCACCCCUAGAUUAUAAUUCUACUAAUGUUUGUGGAACACAGAAGUAAAUUAUUGAAGAAUCUUUAUGUGGCUCUUAGCAUACACCAACAGUUCUGUCGAGCUCCAAAAAUGACAAAGAAAUACCUCUAAAAGAGCUACAUACUGUAUUCCAAGCCUUCUGAAAUCAUACAAAAGCUUUAUAUGAGAUAGAGGCCAAAAUUAAAUUAAUUUUUCCCCUUAGUGAGCUGUUGGUUCUGAAUCAUUGUGUCAGUGAUUUGAACUCUAGAACUGAAUGUCUUCAAAAAGAACCAGAUUCAGUAACUCUGAACUCCAGUCCCAGCAGUCAACAGCUCACUGAAGGGAAGUUUAUCAGUGAAUAUUGAUAAUUUAGUCUUUUCCUCACACAAAACUUUUGUUUUGCUUCAAAAGGCUUUUUCUUUUGUGUCCCAUGAACAGAAAAACAGCAUAGGGGUUUGAAGUAACGUGAGAGGAAGUAAAUAAUGACAGAAUUGUGAGUAUGGGGUGAACUAUUGAUUUAAAAAAUUAAUCUAGGACUAUAAUAACGUUCCCUCCCUGGUGAAAAAAACAGCAUAUGCUGGUAGGUAUGUUUUGAUGCUGGUUUAAGAUGGUCCAGCAUAAACCAGCAAAGUAUCCCAGCAUCAAAAUAUACCUAACAACAUAUGCUGUUUUUUCUCACCAGGGCUGUCUUCUUUUUUUCUUUCCUUGUGACAUCCUUUUAAUAAUUUGCACUGGUUGAAUAUCGAUUCUUUUUUUUUAAAAAAACAGUUUUCUAAACAUGCUUUUGGGGGAUGUUAGCAAGAGUGUUCCUUUGCUUUGAUUCUAUUUUGCUUCAAAAGAGCUUUCAGCGAAGAUGGUUUUUUAAUAUAUUGCCAGUUCGAAACUUUCCAAAACAAAUUCAAAAUGAAAAUGUAAACCACCGUUUGUCUGUUUGCCUUUGUCCACAAUGUGCCAGUUUCUCCACCGUGUCCAGUGCCUUGUUCUGGAUUUUCAGAGUUUGUUAGAUUACAUCAGUAUAUGUUUGUAUGUUUGUAUUGGAGUGUAAUGAAAGUCUGAAGAUGUGAAGAUAAGUCUGGGCCACACCGGCCGAUGUUUUUUUUAACCAAGUCCUGAUGUUUGUGCCUAUGAGUGUGUGAUUUACAGUAGAAAACAGUCUUUGUACAUAUCAGCUCAUGGACAUUAUCAUCACCAGAGCAAGAAUUGCACACAACUGUCUUAUAACAGAAGCACACGGUUGAUUUUCUUCAUAAACUAGAUGGAUUGUGAGUGGAAGGAUGCAGAGGAAUGAGUCAAACAGUGUUAUAACAGAAAAAAAAAAGCUUUGAAAUGUGUGACAAUCUAGAUUAUGGUUUCCUCCUUCAUUCCGAUGUUGAAGGUUCUUUGUCAGCUCAAGUUUCUUUUAUAUAAAUUGUAUGACUAUUAUAUAAAAUGUUUUAACAGA